AUGACCCUUUUGUUCCUCUCCAUGCUUAUAAGCUUCCUUAGCCAAACCCCAACUGAAGCUGCUCCAAUUGUUUACAACCAUAUCUGCACAAACACAACCACUUUAGCCGCAAACAGCAACUACCAAUCCAACCUCCUUCGCCUCCUCGCUUACCUCUCCUCCAAAGGCACCAGCGACUUGGAAUUCUACAACGCCUCCGUCGGAAACUCUAUCAACACCGUUUACGGCCUCUUUCUGUGCCGCGGCGACCUCCCUACCGUAGACUGCCAAAAUUGUGUCGCUGUGGCAACCAAAGAGAUAGUCGGAUACUGCGCCGAGGAGAAAGUGGCGGUGGGUUGGUACUCGGAGUGCAUGUUACGCUACUCUAACUUGUAUAUCUUCUCCACCAUGGCCUCCGAACCUACCUCUUCUAUUUGGAGCACGGAUACAGUUUCGGAGCCUAACCGGUUUGACGAGCUAGUGACGGCAACAAUGAAUGGUUUGGCAAGUUGCUUUUCGAAUGUUGCGUCUGGAGCCAAGAAGUUUGGGACAAAAGAAGCGAAUUUUGCAGCUUCACAAACACUAUACACCCUUGUGCAGUGCACGCCAGACCUGUUGGGUUACGAUUGCAAUCAGUGUCUUCAGAUAGCAAUGAAGAAUCUGUCAGGUUGCUGCGCAGGAAAGAAAAGUGGCAAAGUAAUGCUUUCGAGUUGCUAUCUUUGUGGUUACAUGUCUCCAGAGUAUGCCAUGCAUGGAUUCUCUGUAACGUUAGAUGUAUAUAGCUUUGGCGUCUUACUUCUUGAGAUUAUAAGUGGAAAGAAGAUCAGUUCUUUUAAUCAAUCAGAUGGCUUGGAAACUUUGGAGGGAUGGAACGCCCUUGGAUUUGAUGGAUCCGACAUUGGGAGACUCUUACUCGAGAGAUGA